AGGCGGCUCCUCCGUCGACGCUGAUUCAGAUCAUCGCGGAAAAAGGCGCUCUUGGAUCUCUACCCAUGUCCACCAUGUGCUUGGGUGCCAUCGACAUACAAGUCUACCCACAUAAAUAUUCGCAAUGAAGCUCUUAACUUCACGCUUUUUCCCUUGCCAAAACCAGCUUCUGUCUGGGAAGAGAUGGGGCGCACUCAGGAUCUGCCUACGCCACGAGAGCGCGGAGCGGGACUUCACACGGAUCCACCAUGGGCUUUCCAUUUCAAAGAUACAUGGGUGUGCACCUGAAUUAUCAUCUCCCUAUCGCAUACUCAAAAGAUCAUGCGUCGCAUCUUCUUUCUCCUGUUGUUGAUUACGAUGAGACUGUUUUGACUCUUCGAGCCCUGGGAAUCAAGGUGCCGAACCUAGUCCGACAAAAUCCUUCACCCCCGUUCUCAUGGGAUCAACAAGACACGGGCAUCAAGAAAGGUAGUCCUGGCCGCGGUCGUCAGGUCGAAAUUUUCGGCUUCAGCUACCUAUCGCAACAAAACUCACGAUUACCAAGUCGAGAACUUCUUUGUACCGCCCAAAGACCACAAGCAUGCCAACGCUACAAUAAUUGGAGCCUUUUCUUACUGCGAGGCACAGCGAAAACCAACCCUGCGUUCUCGAACCAUCAUCACCAUUGUCAAAGCUUGCAACUCCGCUUGGUGGUGUCGACCAGAUGUACUAUAUUUCUCCAGGGACAAGUUAGGACGGCCGGACGAGGUCGACUAUUCGGGUUCCUCUCUGGCGGCGGGAACCUGGCCUGGUAUCUACGCGUGAAAUAUUCAAGAGUCCGACGUCAUGAUAGCAACGGAGCAGCAAACACGGAACAGACGAACUUAUCGAUAUUUCAUUGUCUUCAAAGUGAAUUCGACUAUUUCCACCAACUCCACCGGCUAUGCAUUAGCUCCAGGGUACAUCUUACAACAACAAAAAAAGCAACAACCCAACGCCUCGCCCGCCUGUCAUUUCGCAUAGCCCUUAUGUGCCGCGACGUAGCCACUCUUAUAUACAUCUACGUCGGCUCUCAUCAACGACACGUUUAGCCGCGUCCGGUGGGGGGAAUUUGGGUAUCAAUACUAGCUCUGAUGGGUGCUGAGGAAA